AUGGAAAAAUCCACUAUAGAUAGCAAAUGCGAACGGGAUUACACCCUUAUUAGUUCACUAAAGCGAAAGCGUUCUUUUUCGCCUCAUCAUGAGCUGGUGGAGGAGGCUGAACAGUACACGCACACGGUUAUGGAGCAAUACAACGCGCUAGUCGUUCAGGCCACUUCGCUCAACAAUAGAAUUUCGGUAUCCUUAUUUCCGAAAAUUGAUGAGAUCAAUACUCGCUAUCGCAAACUCGUAAAGAUUGGUGAGGGUAGUUUUGGGGAGGUAUUUCUGGUUUACGAUACCGUAGCCCAGACCUAUUUAACCAUGAAGCGCAUGAUCCGGUUUCUGCACAGCAGCGAACGCUCGCUUUUUGGGCUUCACAACACCACCUUCCGCGAGCUUCAUUUCUUAACCACGCUUUCCCACCCCAACAUCGUGCAAGCCAUGGACUAUCAUAUCCUGCCAAAUGGGACUUUGAUGAUGUUUAUGCCCGUUAUUUCGUACGAUUUGGUUUCUUUGAUGCGGCAUUGGCAGAACGUCAGCGCCUCGGGCCAAAUCACCAACGCGGUGCGGAUGCCCCUUCCGGUGAUAAAGUGUCUUUUUAAGCAACUCCUCGAGGCGGUGGCGUACUUGCACAAACACAAAGUGAUUCAUCGCGACCUCAAGCCGAGCAAUGUGAUGGUCGACCUGAAUGGCAUUUUGAAGUUGAUUGAUUUUGGCUGGUCGCGGUAUCUGCCCUCGGACCUUCAUCAAAGACUGACGGGGCCGCCGUGUACGGUGAAUUAUCGGCCUCCGGAGCUACUUUUGGUGGGGUCCCACGCCACGCGAUAUCAAAUGUCGUUGGAUAUUUGGUGCUGCGGGUGCAUUCUUUUCGAGAUGCUCAGUGGUGGGACGUUGUUUGUCAGUGGGCAUAAUGAGGUGGAGGCCAUUUCUAGUAUUUUUGAUUGGCUCGGCUCGCCGUCCCCGCAGAGCCAUAUCUACGCACGGGAAGGCUUCCAUUCGUCGAUCGUAGGGGUGCCGUUUGGCAAGCCGAAUACCUUGGCAUCGCGGUGUUCGAGCCUUUCCAUCCAACCCCGAGAGGUCGCUUUUAUGUCGAAGAUGUUUCAGCUCGAGCCGUCGGAGCGUUUGCGGGCUGAUAAACUUGUCCAGGAUGAGUGGUUUACCGUCCCCCCCUCGGCAUGCCGGCCGUCCGAGUUGAUGUUGCCGGCGCACAACACCUUCAGGUGGCUAGAAUGGAAGCGACGAAAGUCUCAUCAUUUUUAA